AUGCUGAGGAGUGGUCUCGUGACAUGCCAAAGUCUCCAGCUCUCGAGCUGCCUGGCGGACCUGGGUGACUUGAUCAUGGGGAGCACGAUAGCCAAAUGUGCCGUCGCCGACCUCGGUAUCCAGUGGGCAGGCUGGGUGCUGGCGGCUGUGUUCAAAACCGAAAAGUUCUACGACUUGGCAGGAUCCGGCACAUUUAUACUGCUUGCCCACCUGAGUCGUCUGUGGGGAGGGGGCGGCUUCCUUCGUCAGAAUGUUCAGACUGGGCUGGUGACGGCGUGGGGGCUCAGGCUGGGUACGUUCCUCUUCAUGCGGAUCUUGAAGGACGGCCAGGAUCGGAGGUUUAACAAUGUCCGAGACAGCCCAGGGACGUUCUUUGUGUAUUGGACUAUUCAAGCUGUGUGGGUGUUUGUGACACUGCUGCCCACCCUCAUGCUCAAUAGUGAAAAGCGAAACACUCCUCUGGGAACAAGGGACUACAUUGGCUGGACACUGUGGGGCGUUGGCUUUGCCACCGAGGCCAUCGCCGACCAGCAGAAAUGGAUUUUCAAACGUGACACAAAUAAUGUUGGUAAGUUCAUCCAGAGCGGACUGUGGGCCUACAGCAGACACCCCAACUAUUUUGGAGAGAUACUGCAGUGGUCGGGUCUGUGGCUCUCAGCUUCGUCAGCGAUGCAAGGUCCUCAGUACCUGAGUGUCGUGUCGCCGCUAUUUGUCUGGUUCCUGCUGCGCCACAUCAGCGGCAUUCCCAUCCUGGAAAGGCAGGCCUUGAAAAAGUGGGGGUCGGACCCAGGCUUCCAGGACUACCUCAAGAACACUCCUGUACUAUGGCCAUGGCCAAAGUUUUGACUUUCCUGUAUGAUGAUACACUUUUAUGCAAACCGGUUUACUAAAAAACAUUUUUACCAUGCUUAAUGU